AACAUUGCAAAGGCGAGUGCACAUCCCCGACCGUGGCCUUUGAAGACGUACCGCUCGGGUCCGGCGGUUCCGCCGUCCCAACCUUCCACCGUUCGACUUCGCGAUUCUGCCUCGCCUGUUCUCAUAAGACCAAGCUGAUCCCCGAGGUGCCGGAACCGGCGUCCGCCCCACCGGUUUUGGUGCCGACGCCGGAACCGAUCUUUAAGACUCCGGAACCAGUGACGCGGAUUGAAAACAUGCCGUCGGCUAAGCCAGAGAACACACAGGAGGCGCUGGAAGAUCGGGACCCUAAUAACCUUAACCAACAUGUCCAGGUAGUCUGGGACGACAUAAUCGGCGAACCCGAAGGUGCUAGAAGUCCCGAGUGCGCCUGGAGACUCAGCACAGUCUGCUUCCAAUACGCCAGGAAUGGGUGCUAUACGCUACUAGCCGUCCUCAUAGCACCUCCGUGCGCGUUGGUGCUGGGUUGUGGCUUCGCUUGUCUGGCUUUUGAGCAAAUAUGGUGUACAGCACCAUGUCUUCGUUGUGUGAAGAUCUACUGCGCAUCAUUACGGACGAUGGUGAUGUCAUGUAUGGCAGCCACUGUCGUCCCAGCAGCUGAAGCGGUCGGCCAUAUUUGUCGUCAUGUCAGAGUUAAUUUCCGUCGAGAUGCGCCGGAUGAAAAAGAUCUCCUCGUCGUGUAGUGUAAAUGCACCUUUUUAUAUUUAAAAUUUCGAACGUUGGGAAUGGUCAAUUGUA